AGGGAGAGGAGGGGGGAGAGAGAGGAAGGGAGGGAGAGGGACAGUGUAUCUAUGUGUCUGCAUAUGUUGGGGGCAGUUAUCUGGGCAUUUCUCCCUAGUCUCCCCACCAGGGCUAUAUUGGAGCUCUCUCUCCACCCUUCCCUUCUUGUCCCUCUUCUGGUUGGUGUUUCCCCCUCACCCCCAAAGGGUGUCUGCUUGUCUGUGUCCACAGCCUGAGCUUUUUGGUUGUUCUUUGACCUUAGAGGACCCCCUUAUGGGGGGCCCCCUCAAAUGCUUCAGGAGUUGGAACCUGGGUCCCAAGGUCAGGGCCCGUGUCUCGGUCUUGAGCUCCUCUCUUCCUCUCUGCCUUUGUCUUGGUUCUCCUCCAGACCAGCUCCUCCAUGUGCCCAAGGUGGGAGCAGUCAGCCCGCUCCUAUGCCUCUCCAGAACCACAUGGCACCUUCUCAUCUUCUUCUUUGAUGCCCCAAAUUAGACACCUCUGCAGUGACCAGGGGAGCUCCUCCAGGGUCCUGUGGAUUGAAGAAGAUGGGGACCCAGGGAGGAGCCCCCCGCCUCUGUCCUCAGCUCCCCUCCCAGCCUCUACUUGCCUGCAGGAGCUUGACCGGAGCAGGCCGGGGGGGAUAUCUGAUGCUGGCAGCAGGAGGCUCUCUUCCAUGGAUGGGCGUCCCUUUGGGGCAGAGGCCCAGGGCCUGACUCAAAUGACAGACGUGGCCAGAGAGGGUCUCGGCAGUGAGAAUAGGCUUCCUGCGGCUGUUUGUUCCUCCUCCUUUUUGCCCAAUGUGCGCCCCAGGCCCCAGGAGCCUGGGCUAUCUUGGAAGGGGCCCAGCAGCCGUCCUGGUCUAGAGGAGGCUGGCGAUGCUUUGUGGCCUUCGGAGUCCCCGGCACCCCCGGACGUGCACGGAGCUGCUGGUGCUGCCGAAGGAGCUAUUGAACCGACUGUCAUCGCUGUGAACCGCCAGGAUGUCUUCCCAGACACCUGGGGCCCUGCGCAGGCAUCCGGGCAGCAGAGGACCUCGGGGCAGGGCCACGGCCACCCCCCUCAGGCCAAGAAGGAGCUAGACCUCGAGGGCACUCCCAGGAGAGGCGGCCCGGGCGCAGGGAGCGUGAGAAGCUUGGCCCCGAGCCCAGAGCAGGCCCCCGAAGCCGGGAGAGACGAGCCGGAGCUGCCCCUGAUAGAGGAAACUCCCAGCAUGGAAAGGAUUUCCACCUCUGGCCAGAUGCGCUCUGUGAUCAGGAGGAGCCGCGAGACGGGCCACGCACACCCCAUGUCACGGGAGCCCUCCCCGCGGCGACGCCUGGGCCCCUCCGGCCUCCACAAGACCCCGUCUCAGGACCAGCUCAUUGCGGAGUUGCAGGGCCGGUUGGGCAUCAGGCCUGAGGAAGAGGGGGUGGAUGAGGCAGGGGCUGACCCCGAGGCCUGGCUGACCGAAGGGGUCAUCAUCACCGUGCAGCCUCGAGGGAGGAGGGACGGGGGACAGAUCAUAGAGAAGGUGGUCUUUCCUCCUGACUCUCCUAUUCCCCUGAGAAGAACCGUCUCAGUUCCAGCCUCUCCUCCUCCUUCUCCUUCUCUCCAGUGUCUCAGACAGCCUCUUGAGAGCGGCUCCCCCUCCCCCCCGGCGCCCCCUUCCCCCGGGCCUCCGCGGGUCAGGGACACCCCCCGAGAGGGAGAGGGGCCCUCGGCCGCCCCGGGCCCCGUUCCCAGGGAGCCCUCGGUGUCUUCCCCACUCCGCCCCCCGGCUGCCGGCCGCCUCACCACGUCGGUGGGCUGUCAGACCGACGAGGACCCGCUCUUCCCCCCAGUUCAGGUGCUGGUGGGCACUUCGGCCGGCCCGUCUCCUCGUGGCCCCGAGCUCCCCGCAGCCCCGGCCUUUCCUGAGUUCAUGGCCCAGGGGAAGGUGGGGAGCAGCUCCCCACCCGGCGGCCCCCCGAAGCCAGGAAGCCAGCUGGACAGCAUGCUGGGGAGCCUGCAGUCGGACCUGAACAAACUCGGUGUGGCCACAGUCGCCAAAGGGGUCUGCGGGGCCUGCAAGAAGCCCAUCGCGGGGCAGGUGGUGACAGCCAUGGGCAAGACCUGGCACCCGGAGCACUUCGUGUGCACCCACUGCCAGGAGGAGAUCGGCUCCCGGAACUUCUUCGAGCGGGACGGGCAGCCCUACUGUGAAAAGGAUUACCACAACCUCUUCUCCCCUCGCUGCCACUACUGUAACGGGCCCAUCCUGGAUAAAGUGGUGACGGCCUUGGACCGGACCUGGCAUCCCGAGCACUUCUUCUGUGCCCAGUGUGGGGCGUUCUUCGGGCCUGAAGGGUUCCAUGAGAAGGACGGGAAGGCGUAUUGUCGGAAAGAUUACUUCGACAUGUUCGCCCCCAAAUGCGGCGGCUGUGCCCGGGCCAUCCUCGAGAACUACAUCUCUGCCCUCAACACCCUCUGGCACCCCGAGUGUUUCGUCUGCCGGGAGUGCUUCACGCUGUUCGGCAACGGCAGCUUCUUCGAGCACGACGGGCAGCCCUACUGCGAGGUGCACUACCACGAGCGGCGCGGCUCGCUGUGCUCCGGCUGCCAGAAGCCCAUCACGGGCCGCUGCAUCACCGCCAUGGCCAAGAAGUUCCACCCCGAGCACUUCGUGUGCGCCUUCUGCCUCAAGCAGCUCAACAAGGGCACCUUCAAGGAGCAGAACGACAAGCCCUACUGCCAGAAGUGCUUCACGAAGCUCUUCUGCUAGGCCGCGGCCCGGGGGACGGCGCGAGGGGCCUCCCCGCCUCCCUCCCUGUCCCCCUUCUCUCUGCCUCCGGCUUUCCUGGUGGGAGACAUCCUCGGAGGCCCGCGGGCCAGCCCCGGCCACCCACACUGGAAUCAUUUCUUCGCCAGGUCCCCGGGCGGCCUCCCCCUCCUCACUUCGUCCCCUGCCCUCGAAUGCCAGCAUCCACCCACCCGGGGAGGAGGCGGGGGUCGGGGGGCACCGACACUCCCCAGAGCCCUCCGUCCGCCCUCUGGCCGAGGCCCCCUUUCCAGUGGCUCUUACUCCCUUGGUUCUACUGAGAAAGGACCGUCCAGCAAUAAUAUUUUGUAUUGACUUGGUGGGCGGCCGAGGCUGGGCCGCGGGCCCCAGGCCUGGCGGGCGGCCGGGGAGGGCAGCCCCCCGCCCGGACGCCGUCCCGUGAUGGAUAGAUUUCUACACUGAACUCUGAUUCCUGUUUGUUUGGGUUGCUUUUAAUUCUCUUUGAAAUGCUUUUGGAAAGAUUUUUCAGAUUUUCCUUUUGGUCUCUCCUUGCCCGUGUCGGGCCUCUUCGCCGGGAGGGUCUUCUUUGCGUUGGCCGCUUCUGGGCCAGAGGCAGCCGCCAUCUUUUUCUAGCACAAACCAUGGGCCGGGAGGAGCCUUUUUUCCCCUCCCUCACAGUUCAUUUAGAACUUUUUGUAAACUGCUGUAUUCAGACCUCCUUCCUCCCCGCUGCCCACCAGGGUCUCCACGCACGUGGCCGACUCGCCUUCUGCCACGAGGGCGGCCGGCACGGAGCGUGGCUCAGGGGUGGGAGAGACUCAGGAUUGGAACUCACUGGAUUUUCCAGAUUUCUGCCAGAAUGAGUUUGGGGCUCUCCAGCGAUCCCUCUGGGCCUUCUUUCUCGAGGCCUUAUUUGCCCAGAGGCUGCGCUCCGACCGUCCGGCAGAGCCUGGCGGCGGCCCCGGGAAGCACCAUUCGUGCCCCGAUUCCCCGUCCCGUGGGAAACACGAGGCUGGAGUGUCGGAGAAACAGAUUUCCUUGGAAAGAAGGAAAGGGAGUGCCGGAGCCGGGGGGCGCUCGGCCCGCCAGGCUCUGCCGCCCCCGCUUCACCCCCGUUUUGUGCUCCUGUGAUGUGUUUGGACAGUUCCGAGAGGAGAAGCCGAGGGAAGCAGAGGCUGGGCGAGCCGAGGGGGCUCUCGCUGCGUGACGGGCGGGAAACGUUCUUGCGCUUCCACUGGGCGCCCGAGUGCCCAGGCGGAGCUGCCGGCUCCGUCCCUCCUGGGGCCUCCUUUGUCCAUCGGAAAUGGGCCUCGGUCAGGGCAAAGGGCAGUCUGGGCCCGGCGGGAGCCCGGCCGUGGCGGGGAGGGCCAGAGCUGGCCAGGCUCGCCGCACACCCGCGUUCGGAUUUGCUUCGCUGCGUGAAAGCCAGGAGCCUCUGUUGGAGGGGUGUCUGCAUGUCCACCUCAAGGCCUUAGUGCUCUGUUUACAGUGACCUCCCCGCCCCUCCCCCCGGGGUCAGGGACAUCUCGGGGACACCUCUCUGGGUCAACAGUUUGGUUUGAUUUUUUUUUCCCCUAUAAACUUCUAACCUUGCUUUUCCCAUUUAAAAUCCUGUGAUUUAUGCCAAUAAAAUUUACUAUUAUUUUCA